GUGCCUUCGUACAUCUCUCUGUCUCUCUCUAGAGCAUUCUCUCUGGUUAGGACGGGUUAUUUUUUUACUCGGGCAAUAUUUCUUCCGCCAUCUGUUAUCUCGGGCCAUUUUUUAAGCUGUUUUUAAUGGCGGGAUGAGGACAGAUGUCCUUCAAAGGCAGAAGAACAGCUAGACCCAGAACCCCACAAUCUGGUAUCUGCAAAAUAUAGAAGAACAGUUAAAAGAUUAGCAUCCAGGCAUUUUGCUUUCUCCAAUUUUAUCCACAUCUAGUGCAUGAAAGAAGUACUUCUCAUGCAUGGAUUCUCUAAGGAAAUCUUUCAAAACUCACGGGGCUUACAAGAGCAUGGCUGGAGUGUUGGGUGAUGGCCAAGAACAGCAGCCUAUCCUCAGUCAUGAAGAUGAUGGGGCAAGUUCAGCUGAUCGUAGAGAUGUGGCAGUGAAGAUUAAUGGCAGCAAUGGAAAUAACAGAGAUCUUGAGCUUGGUGUUGACAACACAAACCAGGUAUGGAGGGGAUCAAGCUAUGAAUUUUGGAAAGAAGGUACGGCAGAUGGAAGUGAGUUACAGCAGCCGGGGAAUGGUGAUGGUGGCUUCGAUUUCCAGCAGCGGCACCCGAUUGAAGAUCCCCCGUCGAAGCUCAUCGGGCAGUUCUUGCAUAAACAGAAGGCGUCGGGGGAGAUUUCGCUGGACAUGGAUCUGGAGAUGGAUGAGCUGCAGCAGGAUCAACACCUUCCGCCCGUAAAUGAGGAUUCAAACCAGCAGCUGUCCAUGUCGCCAAAGGAACUCAAGGUCUCAUUCCAAGAUCCAUCAAUGUCAGCACAACGUAUCGAGAUUGCAACGGAACCCGUCCGGCAGCGGCAUGUGAGCUCUCCGGAUAGCGACGAUAAGCAGAAUGAGAUUUCAUUGAAAUCAGGAGAGGUCCUGAGAUGCACUUCGAAUUCUUCUUUCCAUCGCAGCUCGAGCCUGUUGCAAGGCAAGACGAAGUCAAGGCUGAUGGACCCACCAACCCUUGGAGAUGAGGGGAAGAAAUCAGGUAUGGCGGCGAAAUCCGGGCAGUUGAGAUCGGGAAUGAUGGGGAAGGCGGAUGAGGAUGAUGACGACCCUUUCCUCGAUGAAGACCUCCCCGAAAAAUUCAAGCAAGAAAAGCUUGGUGCAGUUACGGUUCUCCAAUGGCUCAGCCUUGUCCUCAUCUUGGCCGCACUAAUUUGCAGCCUUUCAGUCCCCUUUUUAAUAAGACGGACGUUAUGGGAUCUGCACCUUUGGAAAUGGAUAGUCAUGGUUUUGGCUCUGAUAUGCGGGCAGUUGGUGUCUGGUUGGGUAAUUCGGCUCGUUGUAUUCUUCAUCGAGAGGAAUUUCCUUCUACGGAAAAGGGUCUUGUAUUUUGUCUAUGGCUUGCGGAAGGCAGUUCAAAACUGCCUGUGGUUAGGUCUGGUUUUAAUUACUUGGCAUUACAUUUUUGACAAGAAGGUUGAGCGGGAGACAAAAAACAAUGCAUUGCCUUAUGUGACCAAGAUCCUGGUCUGCCUCUUGGUGGGCACAUUGAUUUGGCUUGUAAAGACGCUUCUACUUAAGGUCUUGGCUUCCUCUUUCCAUGUGAGUACGUAUUUUGAUCGGAUUCAAGACUCUCUGUUUAACCAGUAUGUGAUUGAGACGCUCUCAGGCCUGCCUCUAAUUGAAAACCAACGUGUCAUUGAAGAAGAACAGAAGGUUAUGGCUGAGGUACAGAUACUUCAGAAUGCUGGCGCUAGGAUGCCCGCUGACCUCAAAGAUGCAGCAAUGCCAAGCAAGAGUGGGCGGGUGAUUGGGAGUGGCAGGCUCCAAAGGAGCCCACGUGUUGGGAAUAAAAAGGUUUCCGGGGCAAUUUCUAUGCCUGAGGAUGAGGGCAUUACAAUAGACCAUCUACACAAACUCAACCAGAAGAAUAUCUCAGCUUGGAACAUGAAGAGACUGAUCAAUAUAAUCAGGCACGGAGUUUUGUCCACCCUGGACGAGCGGAUACUGGAUUCUCAUUCGAAACAGGAGGAUGAGUCAAUGAUGCAGAUUCGGAGUGAGUAUGAGGCCAAAGCUGCAGCAAAGAAGAUCUUCACUAACGUAGCUAAACCUGGAUCUAAGUAUAUCUGCCUCAAUGAUCUGAUGCGUUUCUUGAGAGAAGAUGAAGCUCUGAAGACUAUGAGUCUCUUUGAAGGAGCAAGCGAAAGCAAGAGAGUUAGCAAAACUGCUCUCAAGAACUGGGUGGUGAAUGCAUUCAGAGAAAGGAGAGCUCUCUCGUUGACACUGAACGACACCAAAACAGCAGUGAACAAGCUCCACCAGAUGGUCAACGUUGUUGUGGGCAUCAUUAUAGUGGUCAUCUGGCUUCUUAUUCUUGGAAUUGCAACCACCCAUCUUCUGGUCUUUAUUAGCUCGCAGCUCCUGGUUGUAGUUUUUGUCUUUGGAAACACCUGCAAGACUGUCUUUGAAGCAAUCAUCUUUUUAUUUGCAAUGCACCCCUUAGAUGUGGGUGAUCGUUGUGAAGUGGAUGGAGUGCAGAUGGUAGUUGAGGAGAUGAACAUCCUAACAACAGUCUUUCUAAGGUACGACAACCAGAAGAUCUCAUAUCCUAACAGCGUGCUCUCCACCAAACCAAUCGGCAAUUUCUAUCGAAGUCCUGACAUGGGAGAUGCAAUUGAGUUCUCCAUUCAUGUUUCAACUCCGGUACAAAAGCUAGCUCACAUGAAAGAAAGAAUCAAGGAAUGCAUUGAGCGCAAUAAGGAACACUGGUACCCGAACCCGCUCAUCGUGGUCAAGGAUGUGGAUGAAAUGAACAAGCUAAAGAUAGCAGUGUGGUUGCAGCACCGCAUGAAUCAUCAGGACAUGGGGGAGAGGUGGAUCCGGAGGGCCCGCUUGGUUGAGGAGAUGAUCUCUGUCUUCAGGGAACUCGACGUCGAGUACCGCAUGGUGCCGCUGGAUGUCAACGUCCGGAACAUGACUGGUUCGUCUUCUACCAGGCUUCCGUCGACUUGGGCAACUUUUACCUGAGUGUACAAAUUCAACAGUUUCUAGUUCACAAAAGACAGGUCUUGUUCAUCGGGCAGACCAUAGGGGGUAUGAGAAGGGUGGGGCUUGCUGCACUGCUGCCAAAAGGUGAUUAAUCUUCUUUUUCUUCUAUACUCAUACACGCCCACCUCUUCUGUCAUCCUCCUUAUAUGUGGUAAAUAAGGGUGUUUUUUUUUUUUUUUUUUUUUUUUUUGUUUGUGUUUUUGCAUGUGUGGACUAUAUUUUCUAGUGUAAUCCUUUUGUUUUUGACUGAUAAUUUAUCAUUUUGGGAUAUGCUUGGAUUACUUUAUUGGACAAUC